CCCCCCCCCCUUCUCCUCCCUCCUCUCUUUCUCCGCGUCCACGGGUGCCGCAGCCGCAGCAGCAGCAGCAGCAGCCGCCGGCGGGUUAAAUGGUGGCAGCGCGGGGAUGCUGGGGAGCAACCUCAAGAGCCUUCCCGACGUGGAGCUGGGCGACGAGGGCUCGGCGGAGCUCCGAGGCUACCGGCGGGGCCCCGACGGCGGCGCCGUGAUGCCGAAACGGGCGAAAGCGGCGGCCACGACGGCGACGACGACGACGACGGCGGCGGCGGGGCCGCGGGGCGCGGAGCUGCGGGUGUUCAAGGCGAGCAGCGCCGAGGGGCGGCUGCCGGCCGGCUCCAACCUCCGCAAGCAGAAGUCGCUCACCAACCUGGCCUUCCUCACCGACGCCGAGAAGAAGCGGCAGCUCUACGAGCCGCGCUGGAGCGACGACAUGGCCAAGGCGGCGGCCACGGUGGCCACGGGAGGCCGCGGUGGUGGCGGCGGUCCCCGUGCCCGCGAGGCGCCCGCCAUGUCGCGCAGCCUGUCCCGCUCCGAGCACUCGCUGCUGCCGCCUCGCCCCGCCGGCCCCGCCAAGCCGCCGGCCGGCGGUAAGCCCAGCCGCAUCCCCCGGGGGCCCUACGCUGAGGUGAAGCCCCUCAGCAAGGCCCCCGAGGCGGGCGGCGGCGGCGGUGGCGGUGGCAAGUGCGACGACGAGCUGCUGGGCGGGAAGGGGCCCGCGGCGGCGGGCGCCGAGGAGAAGCCGUACCUGAAGGUGGACCCCGAGCUGGUGGUGACGGUGCUGGGAGACCUGGAGCAGCUCCUCUUCAGCCAGAUGUUGGACCCCGAGUCCCAGAGGAAGAGGACGGUGCAGAAUGUGCUGGACCUUCGGCAGAACCUGGAGGAGACCAUGUCCAGCCUGCGGGGCUCCCAGGUGUCCCACAGCUCCCUGGAGAUGACGUGCUACGACAGCGACGAAGCCAACCCCCGCAGCGUGUCCAGCCUCUCGAACCGCUCCUCGCCGCUCUCCUGGCGCUACGGGCAGUCGAGCCCCCGCCUGCAGGCCGGGGACGCGCCGUCGGUGGGGGGCAGCUGCCGCUCCGAGGGCACCCCCAGCUGGUACAUGCACGGCGAGCGGGCGCACUACUCGCACACCAUGCCCAUGCGCAGCCCCAGCAAGCUGAGCCACAUCUCCCGCCUGGAGCUGGUCGAGGCGCUGGACACGGACGACGUGGAGCUGAAGUCGGGCUACAUGAGCGACAGCGACUUGAUGGGGAAGACCCUGACGGAGGACGACGACAUCACCACGGGCUGGGAUGAAAGCAGCUCCAUCAGCAGCGGCCUCAGCGAUGCCUCUGACAACCUCAGCUCGGAGGAGUUCAACGCCAGCUCCUCGCUCAACUCCCUGCCCUCCACCCCCACGGCCUCGCGCAGGAACUCGGCCAUAGCGCUGCGCACGGACUCCGAGAAGCGCUCGCUGGCAGAGAGCGGGCUGAGCUGGUACGGCGAGGCCGAGGACAAGGCGACGAAGAAGCUGGACUACGACAGCAGCAGCCUCAAGAUGGAGCACGGCUCCUCCAAGUGGCGGCGGGAGCCCUCGGAGAGCUGCGAGGAGGGGUCCAAGGGCGGCGAGCUGAAGAAGCCGGUCAGCCUGGGCACCCCGGGCUCCCUCAAGAAGGGCAAGACCCCUCCGGUGGCGGUGACCUCUCCUAUCACCCACACGGCCCAGAGCACCCUCAAAGUGGCAGGCAAACCUGAGACCAAAGCCACCGACAAGAGCAAGCUGUCCGUGAAGAACACAGGCCUGCAGCGCUCCUCCUCCGACGCCGGCCGCGACCGCAUCGGUGAUGCCAAGAAGCCCCCAUCAGGCCUCACACGCCCCUCGGCCUCCGGCUCCUUCGGCUAUAAGAAGCCGGCUCCUGCCACUGGCACCGCCACCGUCAUGCAAGCUGGGGGCUCGGCCACGCUCGGCAAGAUCCAGAAGAGCUCCGGCAUCCCCGUCAAGCCGGUCAGCGGGAGGAAAACAAGCCUGGAUGUCUCCAACGCGGCCGAGCCCGGCUUCCUGGCCCCGGGGGCUCGCUCCAACAUCCAGUACCGCAGCCUGCCCCGGCCGGCCAAGUCCAGCUCCAUGAGCGUGACGGGCGGCCGCGGCACCACCCGGCCCGUCAGCAGCAGCAUCGAUCCCAGCCUGCUCAGCACCAAGCAGGGCAGCAUCUCGGUGUCGCGGCUCAAGGAGCCGUCCAAGAUCGGCACCGGCCGUGGCACGCCGGCCCCCGUGAACCAGACGGACCGGGAGAAGGAGAAGGCCAAGGCCAAGGCGGUAGCGCUGGACUCCGAGUGUGUGACGCUGAAGAGCAUCGGCUCGCCCGAGAGCACCCCGAAAGCCCAGGCCAACCUCCCGCCGGCGGCCAAGGUGGCUGAGCUGCCCCCCACGCCUCUCAGAGCGGCUGCCAAGACGUACGUGAAGCCUCCCUCGCUGGCCAACUUGGACAAGGUCAACUCAAACAGCCUGGACUUGCCCUCCUCCAGCGAGCUGCACCCCCCGCACGCUGCCAAGCUCCAGGACCUGCACCCAACCGGCGGGCACCUGACGCCCUGCUUCAGCCCCAGUCCCGCUCCCAUCCUCAACAUCAAUUCGGCCAGCUUCUCCCAGGGCCUGGAGCUCAUGGGCGGCUUCAGCGUCCCCAAGGAGGGCAGGAUGUACCCCAAGCUCUCAGGCCUGCACCGCAGCAUGGAGUCCCUGCAGAUGCCCAUGAGCCUGCCCAGUGCCUUUUCGGGGGGCAGCACCGCCGCCCCCACCCCUGCUGCUGUCCCCCCUGCCAGCGCAGAGGAGGAGGAGGAGGAGGCGGGUGAGCUGGGCUGGAGCGGCAGCCCCCGGCUCGCACAUCUGGACAGCUCCAACCGCGACAGGAACACGCUGCCCAAGAAAGGGCUGAGGUACCAGCUCCACUCCCAGGAGGAGGCCAAGGAGCGGCGCCACUCGCACACCAUCGGCGGGCUCCCCGAGUCGGACGACCAGACGGAGCUGCCCUCGCCCCCUGCCCUGCCCAUGGCGCUGGUGGGGAAGGGCCCGCUCACCAGCAUCGUGAGCCCCACUGCCGCCACCGCCCCGCGGAUCACCCGCUCCAACAGCAUCCCCACCCACGACUCCACCUUUGAGUUGUACAGCACCUCCCAGAUGGGCAGCACCCUCUCCCUGGCAGACAAACCCAAGGGCAUGAUCCGCUCGGGCUCUUUCCGGGACCCUGUGGAUGACGUUCACGGAUCGGUGCUGUCCCUGGCCUCCAGCGCGUCCUCCACCUACUCCUCCGCUGAGGAGAAGAUGCAGUCUGAGCAAAUCCGCAAGCUGCGCCGCGAGCUGGAGUCCUCGCAGGAGAAGGUGGCCACCCUGACGUCCCAGCUGUCUGCUAACGCCAACCUGGUGGCGGCUUUCGAGCAGAGCCUGGUGAGCAUGACAUCCCGCCUGCGGCACCUGGCCGAGACCGCCGAGGAGAAGGACACGGAGCUGUUGGACCUGCGGGAGACCAUCGACUUCCUGAAGAAGAAGAACUCGGAGGCCCAAGCCGUGAUCCAGGGCGCUCUGAAUGGCACCGAAGUUGCGCCCAAAGAGCUGCGCAUCAAGCGGCAGAACUCCUCCGACAGCAUCUCCAGCCUCAACAGCAUCACCAGCCACUCCAGCAUCGGCAGCAGCAAGGACGCGGACGCCAAGAAGAAGAAGAAGAAGAGCUGGGUGUAUGAGCUGCGAAGCUCCUUCAACAAGGCCUUCAGCAUCAAGAAGGGGCCCAAGUCGGCCUCGUCCUACUCGGACAUCGAGGAGAUUGCCACGCCGGACUCGUCUGCCCCGUCCUCCCCCAAGCUGCAGCAUGGCUCCACGGAGACUGCCUCGCCCUCCAUCAAGUCCUCCACAUCCUCCUCCGUGGGCAUCGACACAGCUGAGUAUGUGGGGCAGGGAAGGUUGGGUGCGGGGUCUCGGGGUGCCUGCCCCAGCCCUGAACAUGCCGCGGUCUAUCCCCGGCACAGGCUCUUCCAGGCCCACAGCGAGGGCGAGCCGGAGAAGAAGGAGGUGUCGGAGCUGCGGUCAGAGCUGUGGGAGAAGGAGAUGAAGCUGACGGACAUCCGCUUGGAGGCCCUCAACUCGGCCCACCAGCUGGAGCAGCUGCGGGAGACCAUGCACAACAUGCAGCUGGAGGUGGAUCUCCUGAAGGCUGAGAACGACCGGCUCAAAGUGGCUCCGGGGCCCUCGGCAGUGCCGGGAUCCCUUCCCGGCCACGUCACGAGCACUUCGGCCUCCUCUUCGCCGCGGCGCUCGCUGGGCCUCUCCCUCGGCCAUGCCUUCAGCCCCAGCCUGGCGGACACAGAUGUGUCCCCCAUGGACGCCGUCAGCGCCGGAACCCAGAAGGACGAGCUGACGCUGAGGAUCGUGGUGCGCAUGCCGCCCCAGCACAUCAUCAAGGGGGACCUCAAGCAACAGGAGUUUUUCCUGGGCUGGACCAAGGUGAGUGGGAAGGUGGACUGGAAGAUGCUGGAUGAGGCUGUCUGCCAGGUCUUCAAGGAUUACAUCACCAAGAUGGAUCCUGCCUCCACGCUGGGGCUCAGCACCGAGUCCGUCUAUGGCUACAGCAUCAGCCACAUCAAGCGGGUCCUGGACACGGAGCCGCCGGAGCUGCCGCUGUGCCGCCGGGGCAUGACCAGCAUCGUGGUGACGCUCAAAGGCUUGAAGGAGAAGUGCGUGGACAGCCUGGUGUUCGAGACGCUCAUCCCCAAGCCCAUGAUGCAGCAUUACAUCAGCCUCCUGCUGAAGCACCGGCGGCUCAUCCUCUCGGGACCCAGCGGCACGGGCAAGACUUACCUGACCAACCGCCUGGCCGAGUACCUGGUGGAGCGCUCGGGCCGGGACGUCACCGAGGGCAUCGUCAGCACCUUCAACAUGCACCAGCAGUCCUGCAAGGACCUGCAGCUGUACCUCUCCAACCUGGCCAACCAGAUCGACCGGGAGACGGGCACGGCGGACGUGCCGCUGGUGAUCCUCCUGGACGACCUCAGCGAGGCGGGCUCCAUCAGCGAGCUCGUCAACGGCGCGCUCACCUGCAAGUACCACAAAUGCCCCUACAUCAUUGGGACCACCAACCAGCCCGUGAAGAUGACUCCGAACCACGGCCUCCACCUCAGCUUUAGGAUGCUGACCUUCUCCAACAACGUGGAGCCAGCCAACGGCUUCCUGGUGCGCUACCUGCGGCGGAAGCUGCUGGAGUCGGACACGGACGUCAACGCCAACAAGGAGGAGCUGCUGCGCGUGCUGGACUGGGUGCCCAAGCUCUGGUACCACUUGCACACCUUCCUGGAGAAACACAGCACCUCCGACUUCCUCAUCGGUCCCUGCUUCUUCCUGUCCUGCCCCAUUGGAAUUGAGGAUUUCCGGACUUGGUUCAUCGACCUGUGGAAUAACUCCAUCAUCCCCUACCUGCAGGAGGGAGCGAAAGAUGGGCUCAAGGUCCACGGGCAGAAGGCGGCCUGGGAGGACCCCGUGGAGUGGGUGCGGGACACCCUGCCCUGGCCGUCAGCGCAGCAGGACCAGUCCAAGCUGUACCACCUGCCCCCGCCCACCAUCGGGCCCCACAGCACCGUGUCCCCUCCCGAGGAGCGCACCGUCAAGGACACGACGCCUAGCUCCCUGGACGCGGACCCCCUGAUGGCCAUGCUGCUGAAGCUCCAGGAAGCCGCCAACUACAUCGAGUCUCCGGACCGCGAGACCAUGGUGGAUCCCGACCUGCAGUCGACUCUGUGAAGCCACGGACAUGCCGGCCCAGGCGCAGGGGAGCCGCCGCCAGCCGCCGGGCUGCUCUCCUUCUCCUCCGGUAGCCUGGAGCGCGGGGCUGGGGCUGGCGAGCGAGCAGAGAGGACUGGGGCUCCGCGCGUCCUUCGCGGAGCGUGGGGAAGCUCGGCUCACCCGCGGCAGAGCGCGAGGUGCCCUUUCCCCUCCCCACGCCGGGGGUAGGAGAAUCCUGGUUUCUCUUCUUGGUUUUUCUGUCUGUUGCAAACGCUCGGGCUUCGGGGCCGGGCUGACCGCUGGGACCAAGCCCCCGCUCCGUGGAGCCGCAGGAAGGCCCCUGCGUGGGGCAGGGACCCCGUGGGAGCCACUUGGGCCGGAGCUGGGGCGCGUCCCUCUGUCCGGCCAGGUCCCUCUGUCCGGCUAGCGCGUGGCCGAGGGCAGGCGCCGAGGGACCGCUGCCGGGGGGAAGCGCCCGCCUCGCUCCCAGCGAGGAGCAGCGCGGCUCCCCCGCUACCUUUGUACGUUCCCUGUUUAACCUGCAUGGCAGCCGCUGCGACCAGGACAGCCCAAUAAACCCUGCUUUGGUUAUUUUAUUUUAUUGCCCCCCCGCCCCCUUCCUUCCCUUUUCUUUGGCCGAGUCCAGACUUUGCUUUGGUCCCUUUUUUGUUCUCGUUCUUCUUUCCCCCCCCCCGCCCGUGGCCCCGUGCCCCUCACUUCCCCGCGAGCAGCUCCCCUUCCUUUUGCUUUCCUUUGCAGCCGUCGGUUCCACCACUCCAACCACCUCCGUUACAAAACUGGUGCUCACUGGACAACCUCCAGUCCCUGAAUCCACCUCCUGCAGCCUUGCAGCUGGGCUGGGACGGGACCUGGCAGCCGGUGGCAGGGGGAUGCUCCCGGAGCACCCCCUUGCCUGGCAGCCCCCCUCCCCAAAAGCACAAGGCAGAGUCUGGCCCUCGGGACGAGCUGUCCCACCC